UUGCGGAAGAUUGUUUUAUGUUGAGAUAGGUUGUUGGAGUACUCGUUCGUGAUUGCUUAGAAAACUAUUUGUCUGAAAAUCAUACAAGAACUAUAUCGGAGGAAUGAAUAGUUAGUUCCAUAAAAAAAAAGGGGGAAUCAGAAAGAAAUGGAUUUUUCAAUUCAAUUGUGGAUGAUUUUAAUGAUCCUUGUUUUAACUAAAGUUUCCUCUUCCUUAAAGAUCUUGUCCCUCGACGUUCCCCAGACUGUACCACGAGGCCGAGAAGUUCGAUUGACUUGUUCUUAUGACCUGGAAGGAGAAAAGCUUUAUUCUGUCAAAUGGUAUCGAGACGAUAUGGAGUUCUUCAGAUUUGUACCUCGUGAUGAACCUAAGCAACUUUACUUCCCGUUAGAAGGAAUCACGGUUGACUUUUCAAGGUCCACGAAACAGUCCAUCUACAUUCAGAAUGUUCAAGAAGAGACAGGAGGCAAGUUUCGUUGUGAAGUCUCAGCAGAUGCUCCGUUUUUCAAGACUGCAGCAGCAGAACAAUGGAUGGCAGUACAAGAUACCUCUGGUGCCCCACGAGCUUCUUCUCUCCAGGGAGUGCUACCAGUGGCUUUACUGGCAGCUUUUUACUCUAUUUUUUAACCAGAAAUUUUUGUUUGGCCUAAUUAGGCUCAAAUCCUCUUUGUAUGUCAAAACUUAAGAGGAAAAAAGUGGAACUGAGAGAGGGGGCAAACCGAAAAGAAUAAAAAAUGGUGAAAAAAGACGUAGCUUGAUCAGUUGUGACGUCUUUUUUGGAGAACUUCCCAUUUUCAUAAGCCAGUGUCAAAAUUUUCUUCGCUGUGUGAUGUCAUCUUCUAGAAUGAUGGACAAUAAGUUUUAUUCUUGGUUAUCAUAGAAACGAAUUUCUUUAGUUAAAUUCAUUGAACGACAGAAAUAUGGUAAACCAAGAGUAUUUCUACUAUACUGAUAUUUGUGCCUAUUGUCUAUUGACCUUUAACGUGUUUAUGAGUAUUCUAGAAAAAAAAAACAUGUACCUUCUGAUGUUGCUUUUAAAGCUUUUCACUGGGAAAUAAUCGAUUUGUUGAG